AUGAAGGUGAUAAAACGAGAGUUGUGUAGGAGUAGGCAUCAAGAGAUGGUUCAGGUGGAUGAAAGUCCAGAGGGAGCUCAGCAACUCUGCUCGCCAGUACAGCUGGGGCAAGGAGGAGACCAUAUCUCAGGAGCACAGCUGCUGCCCCCCCAUCAGCAGCCCUGGAGAGGGGAUGAUGUUCAUGUGCAGCUGCAGAGGCAGACAGCUGGAGGAGACGUGGCCCCGAACAUGGGACCACAACAAACAGACCAGGGGUGGGAGGCCCCAGAGGUGACUGUGCAGGUGCGACCUCAGAAGCUGAGCCAGGGGUGGGAGUCCCCAGAGGUGACUGUGCAGGUGCAGCCUCAGAAGCCAAGCCCAAGAUGCGAGGCCCUGUCAGUGACUGUGCAGGUGCAGUUACAGCAGCGGGGCCGAGGGCCAGCUCUCCCACAAGUAACCGUACAGGUACAGCCACAAGAGCGGGGACAAGGUAUGGCUGGCAUCAAGGUCGCUGUGAAGCUGCAGUUGAGCUGUGACACAGAAGAGGUAACAUGCCUCCAGGAGCAAGGUGAGGAAGUGUUAGGGAAUGAAGAGCAGCUGACUCCAAAACAAAAUGAGGGAGAGCCAAUGGCAAGAUCUGAAGGUGAGGGAGAACUGGCUGUGGUGGAGCUGGUGCCGCAGGGGGCUCUGACCCAAAAGCAGAAUCAAGGAGAGGUGACAAAACCGCAGCAGGACCAGAGCCAAGAAGAGGAAAGAGCAGAAGUAAUGGAUCUGCAGGAGAUCCAAGUUGGAGACAAAGCAGACCUGGAUGGGAUGGUCACAGAGGAGCAGCUGCAGGACCAGAGCCAAGAGCAGGAACAGCUAAAAGCAGAUUUGCCCCCACAAAAGGAAGGUCAAAGAGCUACAGAGAUAAGGCAGGAGCAAGGCGAUGUCCAAAAAGGGUCCAAGGGGAUAGUGGAAGACCAGAAAGAAGAGCUGGGGCAAGAAGUGUCUAAGAAACGUCCACGAGAGACUCCAAAUUAUUUUGUUGCCAUUCCAAUAACAGAUGAUCAGAUUUUGGACAGAAUUGAAGAUGUCCAAGAGCUAAUAUUCACUAAAGAACCUGACCUGUUGAGAGCUCUUCUUCCUGUUCAAACUAUGCACCUUACUAUAAUAGUAGCUCACCUGGGAACAGAAGAAGAAGUUAAAAAGGCUGUUCUUGCACUGAAGCAAAGCAAGACUAAAGUGGAAGCCAUCUUGCAGGGUAAAGACCUUAAUAUGACAUUUCAUGGGAUUGGACAGUUUAACAAUCAAGUGAUAUAUGUGAAAAUGCGUGAGGAAGACCAGAAAAUGCUGAGCAGAAUUGCAGAAGCUGUGGAAGAAUGCUUUAUUGAAAUGAAUCUGGACAUUUCAGGGAGCAAGGAUUUCAAACCUCAUCUUACUUUUCUAAAGCUCUCCAAAGCACCAAGGCUGAAAAGAAAGGGCUUCAGAAAAAUUUGUUCGGAUCUGUACAAAGAAUAUGAAGACAGUUACUUUGGCACAGAGGUCUUCAGUCAAAUUGAUCUCUGUGCCAUGCGUAAGAAGAAGCAGGAAUCUGGUUACUAUUAUUGUGAAUGUUCAAUUAUCGUGGGCUCCAGUGGUACAGAAGAGAGUAAAGAGCAAGAAAUGCAGACAGAAGAUGUGGGAGAAACAGCCAGUGAAGACCUUCCAAAUAGUGCUGCAAGCUGUAAGCUUGCCUCAUGUUUAGUAGUAGUGGAUGAUAAACCAUCUGAAAAUAUUGUGGAGGCUUCAAUUGCAAGUAAAGAAAAAGAAAUCAAUGAGGUGAAGGGACAGCCUGAAGCUACAGAUGGGACUUUUCUUGCAGCUGGAGAGAUCUGCUCGAAGUCAGUACUUGGUCUGUUGCCAGCAAGUUCAGAUGUGUUGAAAAGCAUGGAAAAGGAACAAGGAAAAGCAAAGAUAACAGAUGGUAGUAUGCAGAAAACUGAAGCAACAGAAUAUGCACCUGAUCAGCCAACAAGUUCAGGAUAA